UGUUUCCCUGGCAAUGCUGCGGUAACAACAGUCUAUGCAACACAGGAGACCUGAUGCCACCUGGGGUCCUCCAAAUUUUAAGGUGAAGGCAGGGAUUGUGAAUGAUGCAGGAAUGGCCAGAAUGGUUUUUGCCUUCAUUCUUUUCCCAGGGGAACCAAGCCUGUGGGUGGGGAAAUCACACUAAGGCUGGACAGUGACUGAAUCUGGCCCAGGAGAACCUUGGCUGCGUGCCUUCCAGACCAGGGUCUUUCUUCCCUGAGAUCCUGAAGGGGAAGUAUCUGGAACUUGGGCGUGUUGCCCUGGUCUGGAAGAUCUGAUAGACACAGUAUGCACACAUUUCCCUCGAGCUUCCGUGACUGGGGAGUAGAUGAGAGCCCUGGGUGGGUGGCUGGUUUCUUGAGGUAUACAUAUACCCGACACACCUUACAUCUCUGAUUUGGCUGCAUUUUGGAAGCAUCUGGGAAGUUUUAAACAAUACUGAUGUCUAGGUCCAACCUCCAGAGAUUAUGAUUUAAUUGGUAUGGGGUGGGGUUUUGCAGUUUUCAAACCACAAUAUCCAGCAAACUUUGAGAACCACUGCCCUACACAGCCCUCCUUCUUCCCUAUCUGGAGUCAGGGGCACCUUCAGCUUCUCCAAUCACCUGGCCAGUGGCUCUUGUCCUGCUGUUCCAGGGUGGGUAGGCCUUCAGGCGGAGACCCAGGAAUCCAGCUCCAGACUCUGUCCCCGGCAGGGCAGCCUCUUCAGUCCGGGACGGGACAGGAAGUGUCCGGCGGAGGUGGGGGUGGAGGUGAUUGGCAGUUGGAGUCUCCAAUGGGCCAGGAGCCCCCCUAUUUCACUCCUCUCCUUCCAUUGGCGUCUGGGCGGAGCCGCCCCCACUGCGGGGGCCCAGGGCGGGAGGGAGUAGAGGCCGGGGCAGAGGGCGAGGGCAGAGGGCGCUGGCGGCAGCGGCCGCGGAAGAUGAGCAGCGGCUGCUCAGGGCUGAGCAGGGUCCUGGUGGCCGUGGCUACAGCCCUGGUGUCUGCCUCCUCCUCCUGCCCCCAGGCCUGGGGCCCCUCAGGGGUCCAGUAUGGGCAGCCCGGCAGGUCCGUGAAGCUGUGUUGUCCUGGAGUGACUGCCGGGGACCCAGUGUCCUGGUUUCGGGACGGGGAGCCAAGGCUGCUCCAGGGACCUGACUCUGGGCUAGGGCAUGAACUGGUCCUGACCCGGGCAGACAGCACUGAUGAGGGCACCUACAUCUGCCAGACGCUGGAUGGUGCACUUGGGGGCACAGUGACCCUGCAGCUGGGCUACCCUCCAGCCCGCCCUGUUGUCUCCUGCCAAGCAGCUGACUAUGAGAACUUCUCUUGCACUUGGAGUCCCAGUCAGAUCAGCGGUUUACCCACCCGCUACCUCACCUCCUACAGGAAGAAGACAGUUCUAGGAGCUGAUAGCCAGAGGAGGAGUCCAUCCACAGGGCCCUGGCCAUGCCCACAGGAUCCCCUAGGUGCUGCCCGCUGUGUUGUCCACGGGGCUGAGUUCUGGAGCCAGUACCGGAUUAAUGUGACUGAGGUGAACCCACUGGGCGCCAGCACACGCCUGCUGGAUGUGAGCUUGCAGAGCAUCUUGCGCCCUGACCCACCCCAGGGCCUGCGGGUAGAGUCGGUACCAGGUUUCCCCCGACGCCUGCGAGCCAGCUGGACAUACCCUGCCUCCUGGCCGCGCCAGCCCCACUUCCUGCUCAAGUUCCGUUUGCAGUACCGUCCGGCACAGCAUCCAGCCUGGUCCACGGUGGAGCCAGCUGGACUGGAGGAGGUGAUCACAGAUGCUGUGGCUGGGCUACCCCAUGCCGUACGAGUCAGUGCCCGGGACUUUCUGGAUGCUGGCACCUGGAGCACCUGGAGCCCGGAGGCCUGGGGAACUCCGAGCACUGGGACCGUACCAAAGGAGGUACCAGCCUGGGGCCAGCUACACAUGCAGCCAGAGGUGGAGCCUCAGGUGGACAGCCCUGCUCCUCCAAGGCCCUCCCUCCAACCACACCCUCGGCUACUUGAUCACAGGGACUCUGUGGAGCAGGUAGCUGUACUGGCGUCUUUGGGAAUCCUUUCUUUCAUGGGACUGAUGGCUGGAGCCCUGGCACUGGGGCUCUGGCUGAGGAUGAGACGGGGCGGGAAGGAUGGAUCCCCAAAGCCUGGGUUCUUGGCCCCAAUGAUUCCAGUGGACAGGCUUCCAGGAGCUCCAAACCUAUAGAGGACCCAGGAGGGCUUCGGCAGAGUCCACCUAUAAUUCUGUCUUGCUGGUGUGGAUGGAUGGACAGUAGAUCCCUAUGGUUGGGUCUCAGCUGGAAGUUCUGUUUGGAGCCCAUUUCUGUGAGACCCUGUAUUUCAAAUUUGCCAGCUGAAAGGUGCUUGUACCUCUGAUUUCACCCCAGAGUUGGAGUUCUGCUCCAGGAAUGUGUGUAAUGUGUACAUCUGUAUCCAUGUGUGACCAUGUGUCUGUGAGGCAGGGAACAUGUGUUUUCUGCAUGCAUGUAUGUAGGUGCCUGGGGAGUGUGCGUGGGUCCUUGGCUCUUGGCCUUUCCCCUUGCAGGGGUUGCGCAGGUGUGAAUAAAGAGAAUAAGGAAGUUCUUGGA